UUUUUUUAAUCUAUUAUAGUGAAUAUACCUAGGUCCCUGCCUGGAAGUAUUGGUGAUCCCCUGCUACUAGACACGGAAGCCUGUUUAGCGAAAGCUUCUUCUAUUCCGUCCACAACCUUUUGAACCAUUUGAACUCAUUUGAACAACUGAGGCAUAGUUACCACUUGACGCAAAAAUUCAAAAUAUUUGUUUACGCUGUACAGAAUCGUCUUUAAAUUUUAAGAAUAAUUAUAGCUUAAAAUUGCUACUUAGGUAUUACUCACUAUGGUUACAAAGUGCUUGGUACAAUUUUGAGCUAAGGUAUUUUAUCAAAAGAUUCAACAUGUCUGACAACAGCAAUAAUAAGAUUCCUAACUAUGUACACCAGGCUGUUAUUAUGAACGAAACUAUUAAAAAAGAGUUGAGGCAUCAAAAAAUAUUCACGGAAUAUAGUAUCAAUCCUUUUAAGAAAACUGAUAAACCAAAUAGAAUACAAGAAGCUGAUGCUGAAGACAAACACUUUGCGGAAGUUAUACAACGCGCUUCUUUGGAACCACCAAAGAAAUAUAUCGAACCUCAAACAGAAAAUCAGGAAUAUGGUUGGAUAAGUCAGCCAUUAAUGGAAAUAGACAGGAGUGAUCCAAGGUUUUAUCGUCCUAAAGUUGCUUGUGAAAUGACAAAAUUUAUGGAUGCAUAUUGGAAGCUAAAUGAACAGCGUAAAUUGAAUUCGAUAAUGUUGUUGAAUUCCUUUGAAUAAAAUAUGCUCGAACUGCGGUGUAUGCUACUUAGAUUGACAGACACAAGUAGUAUGUAACACCAAUCAAAAGUGGAAAACCUGGCAACAGGAGGCAAUGAAGGUCGACUUGAAGAAAACAGAAGCGGAAUUAGAAAGGAAUUGUGAAUCGGAAGAAUCUUACAGGAUAUGGAUGACAAGUGAAUACAUGGAUCCUCGUUCAGCUUCAACACGCGUCUUAGUAGCCGGUCUCUGGCUGUUAGUUCUUAUUAUAAUUGCAAUGUUUUCGGCUAAUUUAGCGGCCAAAUUAACCGUCUCCGGUUUACAAGGGGAAAUUAAUACCUUCAAGAAACUAAUUGAACAAAAAGACGUUAAGGCCUGGAUUGUCUCAACACUUUAUUAGAUUUCUGAAUUACGAUUUUAUUCAGUCACAAAUGAAACUUAUUUUCUCCAUCAAUGCAUUAUUACUACGAUUGAAAUACCCUUUUUAAAAAUUGUUGCAUGGUUACAGACGUUUAUUCUUUAUCUUUUUAUAAACUAAAACGCACCGUCCUAAUUAAAUCUAGCUUCAAACUGUAGUAAUUAAUUCAAGCCUCAAAUAAUCCAUGAUAUAAAUUCAAGAUACAGUCAGACUUCAAUGAGAUGAUUAUGCAUGCUAAAGCAAUUAUAAAGCUUCAUAGUAAUUAUUUCCAAGUAGCUUAGUAAACUCAAAUGGAUUAUGUGUUGUAUUAAGCAUACACUUUGAUAUUUACAUUACAAAGGAAAUUUUAGUAAUUCCCUACUUAAACAAGAUAACAAACCUUAUAUCGAACAAGUGAAUAUUAGUUUUCAGUAACUUUCUUCUCAGGCUCUGGAUUAACGAGAAAAAAAGUGUAAUUUUUAUGGAAAACGUAGUUGUAAGUGAAUAUGGAUAGGAUUAUACGAGUACGGCUUGCGUAAACAACCUAACAGAAGCCAAAUAUCAAUAUCUUAUCUAUGAUUUAUUAUUUCUGGACUAAACUGAUUGAAAAGCUAAUGUACAGCUUGACUACAUUGAGAGUCCUUCUAUGAUGCCAAUUAGUCAAAGAAUCAAGAUAUUUCUAGCUGCCAUUUUCUUUUCCAUCACCUUAAAUAAUGAAGUUUGAUUCUGUGAAUGAAACGUUUCGAUUUCUUUUAUGACGAAGUGUGAAGUGAUAGAAAUAAAUGUGUUGUUCAC